UUCCGCAAUUGAGUUCUUGCUAUAAUUACCAUUACCCCUUUGAUCAACUCCUCAUAGCAUAUCUGCCAUUAGUCCAUUGAUAUCCUCUAUUCCUUGUAUCUCCUCUGUUAGUUUUAACAAAUGUCUAAGCCUUUUGAGUCUUGCCUAAUGCUUUUGAGCAAGCAGGCCAAAAAUUUUUUCCUAAAGCUCAAAGUCUUGAGAAAUGAAAUGGGAUACAAGCAAAGAGACCCCAAGGUGCUACUUGCUGGUUUAGAUUGCAGCUCCUCUUCAUUUGCUUCCAUGGAAAUUUCUAGUCAGCUGAAGCAGGUGUUCAAGCUCAUUGACACUAAUGGAGACGGGAAAAUAUCAUCACUCGAGCUCAGGGAAGUGCUAUUGUCUUUGGGGCAGAAAAGGUCGGCAGCAAAGAAGGAAGCUGAUGGAAUGGUAAGGGAAUUGGAUCGAAAUGGUGACGGAUACAUCGACUUUGAGGAAUUCAUGGAUGCUCUUGGAGUGAAUACAGUCCAGUUCAGAGACAACGAAGAUGAGUUAAUGGAUGCAUUUGCCAUAUUUGAUUCUGACAAAAAUGGAUUCAUAUCAGCUAAGGAGUUGCAGAAAAUACUGGCUGGUCUUGGCCAUGAAAAGUGUAGUCUCAAUGAAUGCUUCCUCAUGAUCAAAGGAGUUGAUAAAGAUGGAGAUGGACUCAUAAAUUUUGAAGAGUUCAAAUUCAUGAUGACAGCACACACUGGUUGAAAAUCAUAUAAAAAAUCCUGAAAUUACAGAACAAAGAUACCAAAAUUUUCAAACUGGCAAUUUAUUAACUAGAGAUUUUACCCUGAAAGAUCCAAGAAAUUAAAUGCUUCUAUGAUUAAUUAUUCAUAGUGAAUUGAGUAUGAUGUAGAAUUUUGCAAUUGGUGCCAAUCAUGAUCUUAUUGUUAUAGUAUUUGAUUUCUUUUUUUUAGUGGGGAUCAGAGUUGUACCUCUUAACUUUGUCCUGUCCACAAGUGAUGGGUGCAUGGUGACAAGAGACUUGAAUAACUUUCCAAUUGAGUCAAGGAAAGAAAGACCAGAGACAUGGGAGGUUCUAGAAAUAAAAGAC